AUGAUGAACGCGUGGUUCGGCGAUUUUGAGGCGUAUUUCGCUGGAAAAAUGUACCAAGAACCACCGACGAACAUCUUCGGCGUCAGGCGCAUGGAAUACUCCGACAUUCCGGUCCUCGAGCGGCUGGAAAACGUGACGGAAAGAAACGCGAUGUUCGUGCACUUCCUCGUAUGGGACAGGCGCUACACGGGCCGCUUCUUCGAGGACCUCCUGACCGGGCUGUUCGACGUCGCCUUGUAUCUGCUGCACGUGAUCCUCGUGCUUCCUCCCCGGGUUAUUCCAGGUGACCCCUCGAAUCGAUCCUCCGCGGACGUGUUCGAACGGCAGAUGAUCAGGAUCUCGUCCAAGUGCUUGGUGAACACGUACUCUGUGCAGUCCCUCUACGUGACCGUUCGCCACCUGAAAAAUUCCAGGCUCAGAAUGAGACGCGUCGUGUGCGACAGAGAGGAGGAUAACGACCUGGUGAUACCGAUCAUCGACGCCGAGUCGAAACUCGUGAAGGAAUUCUACGGGGAGUACUACGUCAGCGAGAUGGUUCGUUAUCCCAACGAUUACCGACAGUUGAUCGUCUCGGAGGACAAGGAGGGCCUGGCCACUGGCGUGAUGUUCCUCAGCAGCAGGAUAGACGUCGACACUCUCAACGAGAACUUCGAGCUUGGACCGUACAACGGCCUCAGGAAGCCCAGCGAGAACGACGUGAUCCCUCCGGAGAGCAUGGAGCCUGCCAGCGAGACCUUCUUCUCCAUUUUCUCGCGAAAGCCUCGAGCGGAAACGAUAGAUGCCAGCUUCCCGAUGACCAUCUCUGCGGGUGGAAGCACCGAGCACUUGGAGGAAGCAAACGAAAGUAGCAGUUCCGCAGCCUCGAUCGAUCCUCGAGCAGAGAGGUCUACGGAAAAGCCGGUCGACUUCUCAGAGCUCACCUUUCUCUCCGAAGUGGUGUCGAUCGCUGAUUACUUCAAUUCCUACUACCAGUCGAAGAUGCGGACCAGCGCGUUCGGGGACACAAUAUUCGACGUUCCUCGUUACGAGGUGCCAGUCGAAGACGUCCAGCUUCCUCCGCGGCCGAUCUAUCGCGGCGAGGUGAACGCGUUCGUCUUGGAGAUCUUCGCGAUGCAGGCGCAGAUCAAGAACCGCUCCAGCAAGGACUUCAUCGAGGCAGCAUUCGAGUGUUUCCCUGACUUGGACUACUGCGCGAUCCUUUUGCCCUGCUCGCAUCCAUUUCUGCCCUUCUUGGAAUAUUUCGUGCGAGUACCGUUCAGAUGCAACAAAGAUUUUCCAAUGACCCUGUACGUGACUCAUCGAGCCGCUCUCCUCGGCGAAAUAAAGUGUCGCGAAGGUGUUCCCGAACACGAGAACGGCGUGAGAAAUCUUGUGCGAUGGAUUCCGAAGGCGGAAGAUAUUCUGGCAGACUUCGAUGCGACGAUGAAAAAGCAACGGUCGGACUUGUUCUGUUACGUCUUCCAGUGGAACGACACGGUGGUUGGGCUGGCGAUUCUCCGCGCCGAGAACGACGCCACUUACAUCAGAAGACGUUACCACGUGGAGGAUUACGUCGCGACGAAAAACGUGCCUCAGGACGCGUACGGUCGCAUCCUGCACUUCGUUCUAAUGCCGAUCUUCUCCAUUCAUCUGCGGCACUUCUUGUGCGAAAUCAUGCGUCUCAGCGGUCUGACGGUCUUGUAUUAUCGGCUCACGGAAAGCGCUUUAAGCGCGCUGACGCGCUCCCAGCCACUGGCGAUCUGUCUGAACGCCAUGAUUUUCGUCAAUCCUCGGCGAAGGAUCGAGUACAAGAUCUGCGGUUACGUGGAAACCGAUGAGCCUAAAACGGAAGAGGAAUCGUUCGCGCUUUUCAUGACGACGCCGCGACUGGCGAUGCUUGGAAACUUCAUCGUCGACGCGAAGGUGGUCGUGUUGCAUCGAGUCUGCGCUAAAAUUUACGCGAUCAAUAGGAAAGAGAAGUACGUGACGGUGAUGAAUCAAGGAAACAUCACGUACGACUACUUGGUGCUGAGCUGCGGAUUGCAAUAUCAGAUGCCACAGUUUCGCGAGGAGUUCGAAGCGCAGAAGAAAGGGUAACGGAGGGAGAGAAGAGUAAAAUCGAAUAGAAAUUCGCAGUAACGUAUUUUUCGAGCAGGGAAUUCCUGAAAUACGAAACGCCUUGGAAUUGUUUGGCGAUCAACGACGAUACUCAGGCCGCUACGUGUCUGGAGAGGAUUCGUUUGUUGACGAAGAACUUCGAAUACGAAAGUAGGUUGUUCCUUUUGGGUAGACGGUGUACCACGUGCCAGGCUCUGUUUCAGGAAAGAUCGUCCUUUACGGGCGCAAUAUCGAUUGCUAUUGCGCGCUUCAAGGCCUCCUCGAAUCCGGAAUAAACGGUUCUUGGAUCACUUUGAUCGAGCCGCCGCUGCAUCCGUGCGACUCUCGCGAUAGCGUCUUCUUCGGCGACUGCGAAGUAAAUUUUCAACACCUUUGAGAAGUAUACGGUUAUAGAACCAGAUCGUUUACGAAACAAUCACGGAUGUAUCGAAGGUAUACGAGGAAGUGAUGAACUCGAUUUCGAAAAGCGGCAUCGAGGUACUUCUGGGAUGGGAAAUGAUUGAUUGGCACCUGAAGAAAUCGAACGCGGGAAAAUUGAUCGAAGCGAUCGUUCUGCGUUCGAAGGGCGACACGAGAACGAUCGAGUGCGACGCGUUGCUCAACUUUAGCGAGAAAACGAUCAACAUGGAGAUAUUUUUGGGUGAUCGAUACGAAUUACAUAAU